AUGGCACGUGGAACUCAACAAAUGCAAACUACGAACCGAGUUCGCAGUGUGCUCAAGGCGCCGGAACGUCAAGAGACAGACGAUGUGGACAUGGGGUAUGAAGACGUGAUUGCGGGAUACGCCCAAGCCUUACCGAAACCGCCAAUGUUCAAGGGCUCGACGAAAGCUGAACGUCGGGUGUUCAUGUCGGCGUACGACCUAUACAUCAACCAGACGUACGCGCUAUCUGCCAACGGCCCGCGCCCGUUCGUGAUGCCAGUUGGUGCGUGUAUGGACUUCAAAGCGAAGUACCGCAUUGCUGUGUGGGACCUCGGUAAAGAUCCUGACGAGGUGACGGAAGAAGAAUUGGCUGCGUGGUUCAGGCUCGGUUUCGAAAUCGAACCUCGUGCGUUUGAGAGCCUGAAGAAGCGCGUUAAAAAGUCUAUUUGCUUCGAUAUGUCGAUUUCCGACGCUGAGUCGCGUGUCGGCAAAAUGUUGGAUGGCCUGGUUGCAGAAGCGCGCCGCGAUCGGCAGGAAUGGAUCCUCAAGGAAGAAGCAUAA